AUGAAUACCUUGCUUUCCACCAAAAGUUGUAAGCCGAGGACUCCCUUGUACUCAACGUUGCCGGAUUCUCUUGCAGGGACCUUCGACCGGAGCAUGACUCUUCUGGAAGUCUGCGGAAGCUGGCCGGAGAGCUUCGGCCUGCGCCACCUGUCUUCCCUGGAGCAGACGGACGAGGGUCUUCGGGAAAGACUGGCCGACGCUAUGUCCGAGUCGCCCAGCCGGGACGUGGCGGCAUCUGGAACAGAGCUCCAACGAGAAGGAAGCAUUGAAACCUUGAGUAACAGCUCAGAGUCUGCCAAUGAGAGCAUCCCACGAACCUUUGAUGGUUACCGGUCGCCUCUUCCUGCCGAGACCCAGCCCUUGAGUCUCUUUCCGACGGGUUUCCCAUAAACCACCACGUUUCCUGGUGGUGAGGACAGGACAACUUCAACUCAGACUAGCCAACCAAUCAACCAACCUUCUUCAGAACUUCUUGAUGUCCAUCCAACUCAGCAGCUCACUAAAACCCACAGAUGCCGUGGAUCCCGAAUCUCAAAAUCAGAAAGCGGCUGUUUUCAAGAAGCGUUUAUCCAAUGGGGUUGCUCCUUCUCCCCACCGCUCCCCUGCCUCGGCGUCAAACUGAGAUCUGGACUCUGAAAC